UAAUGUUAUCUUCUUUUCUGUCCAUUCCUUGCAUUGUUGUAUCUCUCUUUCUGAGGAAUCUAAGCUUUUUUUAUGCCUUUUUUGUACGCCAUAAAUCUCGGAUCAUGUGAUCAUUCCCCUUUAUUUAUUUUCCUCAAAACAAUCUUUAAAAGUAUUGUCUUUCUUGGCUCAAUUAGUUAUCUAGUCCCGUUAAAGCAACAAACAAUGUCUCUGGUUGCCUCGUUUUCUCCUCCUUCGCCUGUUAUCAGUUGUUCAUGACACUUCCAUUAAUGGGUCUUCAAUAUUUUCUCUAUUGAUCCUCAUAUGGGUCAGGCUUAUCUUGAUGGAAUCUCAAUCUAGUUUUCACUAAAACCUUGUUCUUGCCUACCAAUUGUUUGUUACAAUGCCGCCUUCAUACUUCCCUCUCAGGUGGGAGAGUACUGGAGACCAGUGGUGGUACGCUUCUCCCAUUGAUUGGGCAGCUGCAAAUGGCCACUAUGACCUGGUUAGAGAGCUUCUUCAUCUUGACACCAAUCUCCUCAUCAAGCUCACUUCCCUCCGCCGUAUUCGGCGGCUCGAAACUGUCUGGGACGACGAGGCUCAAUUUGAGGAUGUAGCCAAAUGCAGGUCUCGGGUUGCCAAAAUGCUUCUGCUUGACUGUGAAACAAAGAAAGGACACAACUCUCUGAUUAGAGCCGGCUAUGGCGGUUGGCUUCUCUACACUGCUGCCUCAGCUGGGGAUGUGAACUUUGUCAAGGAAUUGUUAGAGAGAAACCCACUUUUGGUGUUUGGGGAAGGAGAGUUUGGUGUUACUGAUAUACUCUAUGCUGCAGCAAGAAGCAAGGAUUCUGAGGUUUUCAGGGUUUUGCUUGAUCAUUCUUAUAGAGUGGUGGGUGAAAGUGAAUCAGAUUUUAGGUGGGAGAUGAUGAAUAGAGCUGUACAUGCUGCUGCUAGAGGUGGGAAUUUGGAGAUUUUGAAGGAGCUUCAUGUGGAUUGUUCUGAUGUUUUGGUUUAUAGAGAUGCUCAAGGAGCCACUCUCUUGCAUUCUGCCUCAGGUAGAGGACAAAUUGAGGUAGUUAAAGAGUUAGUUUCAUCCUAUGAUAUCAUAACCGCAACAGAUGAUGAAGGGAACACUGCAUUACACAUAGCUGCAUACAGGGGUUACCUAGCCACAGUAGAGGUUCUGAUAGCUGCAUCUCCUUCAUUGUCCUCUCUGAAAAACAAAUAUGGAGAUACUUUUCUUCACAUGGCCGUGUCAAGUUUCCGAACCCCUGGUUUUCGAAGAGUGGACCGACAAAUUGAGCUCGUGAAAGAGUUGGUAAGUGGUAAGAUCGUUAAUGUGCAAGACCUUGUCAAUGCCAAGAAUAAUGAUGGAAGAACAGCCCUCCACAUUGCAGUCACUGAGAACGUUCAGGCUAGUGUGGGGGAACUUCUGAUGACCGUCCCAUCAAUCGAUUUUAACAUCCGUGACAUCAAUGGCAUGACCCCGCUAGAUCUCCUGAAGCAACGGCCAAAAGCAGCCUCUUCAGAAAUCCUGAUUAAGCAGUUGAUUUUGGCUGGAGGCCUUUCCAAUGGUCGGAGUAAUGUGACUAGAAUUGCCACACAAUCCAAUCUAAGAGGGCUGCACGGUAUAGGAGGAAGUCCCGGAACUUCAUUUAGGAUUCCUGAUGCGGAGAUAUUCCGUUACACUGGUUGUGAGAACAUAUCGGAUGUUGAUUGUGAUCUAGAAAGUAUUGGAGAUGGUUCAGGCUUGAGUGAGUUCAGUGACUCUGACUUGGUUAAUUCAUUGGAUAAGAAGCAGUCAGGUUCUGUAAAUCAUGCUGCCAAGCGCCUGAAGUUUUUCCUUCGGUGGCGCAAGAGGAAAGAAAAGAGUACUGCAAGCACUGAAAUGGGAGGUUUCAAUGAUUCUUUUGAGACCUUCAACUUAAGCAGAAGUGUGGAGGACUAUCAUAUCGCAUUGCGGCAAAGAUACUCAAAACAAUUGUCUUUUCCCAGUCCAUCAACCAGAAAGAAAUUCACUGCAGGGCUUAUGCAAGGCGUUUUUCGGGCAGUACUAUCUCCCGGUCCUUUCUCACGAUCGUCCAUGUCUUCGCCAGCUUCAAUAGACAAGCAAAAGGGUGAUGAUCUCUCAGGAGUUUCUUCAUCAAAUCAUCAGUCAUGGAGGAAGAAACAAGCAUCAUUCAAUAAGAAGUUGAUGAACCAGUACUUUUGCUUUAAUGCACAAGGACUAGCUGUGGAGGAUUCAAUAUACUGUGCACAGCCUAAUCAGAGACACAAGCAGGCCGCUUCUCUGGUUGCAUAAUUUUGAAUGCUCAGAAGAUGGAAUACCGGUUAAGAGCACAAGACCAUUAGAACAAAAAAAAAGUAGGAUGAUUCCAUUGAACUUUGCUUUCUGAACUUAAGCUUUGCAUUGGCUUUGAUUUUGCAUAUAGCGUGUAUACACGAAGUAAUUAUUGUAAGAAUAAUGUGCAAGAAGUUUUAUAUCAAAAAA